GUGUUGGGUAAUUUUUUGUUGUCAAAUUUUUUUUGUUUUUUUUUUAUGUUUUACCCCACGAAUUACGCGUGCAGUAAAGUGUCAGCAGUAUCAACAACAGCAGCAACAAAACAACAACAAAUGUCGCAGUGGUGAAAAGCAAGUGCGAAAAAUAUAACUAAAAGCUGAUCAAAUUGUGGGCGAAACAACAACAAAACGAAGAGAGCAAAAAAUUAAAAUAAAAAAAUAAGCAGCAGAUGUACAUACAUACCAUGUACGUUUGUACAUUUCAGUAGUGUUAGUACUAAAUACUAGUACCAAAUAAAAGAAAUAAAUGCGAAUCUGUUUGUGAAUAUGUGAAGUGACAAAAAUGAAAUAAAGUAAAAAAACACACGCACUCAUACACGCAUAUAAAAAGUCGUGAAUUCGUCGUUGUCGCUGCUCUGGUGUUUGUGUGCGCACAUCCACAUACAUGCGCACACACGCAUACAUUUUGUGCAUAUGUGUGCUCCUCUAGUGGCGAGCGUGCGAGCGAGAAAGAGAGUGUGGAAGAGCGAGCAGUCGUUGUCUUUAGUUUCUGUGUUGCUUUUACAUUUUUUUUGCCAGAGUAUUUAUUUAUUUUUUUUUUUUUAAUAAUAAUUUUCGCAUUGUGAAAAGUUUUUUUUUGCUUCGUACAUCGCAAGUUUUGGAAAAGCGUGUGUGCGUGUGCGUCGCCGCGCGCGUUGGCAGCAGCGCAACAACAAGAAUAACAGCAAAAAAUAAAAUCAACAACAUUUAUAGGCCCGAGUCGGAGCAGUUCGCGCCACUUUGAAGAGGUCCAUGCAAAAUGUCUAGUCCUGACGAUAGAAUACCAAUACGUGAUUUGCCGCCUGAAGCCGGAAACGAUGAACGAUUGCUGCACAUAACGCCGGGCGUUUUAUCGCUGGACUUUAAACCGCAUCAAGUUGACAUUGAUCAGCAGAUCCUGGAGCUGAAGAAGAGCCAGGAGCUGCAGAAACAGCGUCUUUUCCACUCGUACCAGGAACAGACGAAGCAAAUGGAACUGGAGCAUAAACUGCAACUGGAGCACAAAUAUCAUUUUGCGGUGCAUUCACAUGGCGCUUUCCAGGAAUUGCGGGAACAGAGCAUGGUCACGGCGGCAGCAGUUGUCGAGGAGCAGCAUCGCCAGCACCAACAUCAGCAACAUCAGCAACAGCAGCAGCUACAGCAGCAGCAACAACAGCAACAACAACAGCAGCAGCAGCAGCAGCAGCGGGAGCGAAAAGAACGUGAAGUGAUGAAGCGAAAGGAGAAUUGCAGCGCUAAUGCGAGUCCCGAAGUCAAACAGAUACUCAGUUGCUUUCUCAUGAGCCGCAAGUCGCAGGCGGUGGCUCCAAAUGGCACAACAACCACAUCGCCCUAUCGCAAUCGCGGUGUUGUUAAGAGCUCUUCGGGCGAAUCAUUGCCCGCUGGCACCGUCACCAGCGCACAUCCAUACAAAAUACCACAACCGCCGACCUCACUGCUCAAAUAUGAAUCUGAUUUCCCCCUGAGGAAAACUGCAUCGGAGCCAAAUUUGCUGAAGAUCCGGCUCAAGCAGAGCGUCAUCGAGCGCAAGGCACGGAUCGGCGGUCCGGCGGGGGCUCGACGGCACGAACGGCUGCUGCAGGCCGCCCAGCGACGGCAUCAGAAGAACUCGGUUCUCACAAAUUGCAACAGCACCACAGACUCGGGCCCCAACUCGCCGCCCUCGUCGACGACAUUGUCGGUGGGCGUGGUCGGUAGCCGCGGCUCACCGACCAGCGCGCCCAUCCAGGAGGAGAACGAGGAGGGCAGCCAGUACCAGCCCGGCCAGCGCAGCAGCAUCAACGACCUGCCGCUCUUCAGCUCGCCCUCCCUGCCAAACAUAUCGCUGGGCCGUCCGCAUUUAACCAACGCCCAGGCGGGCCAGGCCAACUAUGCCAUGUUCGCUGCACUGCAGCAGCAUGCGGCCGCCGCUGCCGCCGGGCCCGGUGCACCGCCCGUGAAUGUGGCCGGCGUGGGCGUGGCGCCCACCUACUACAAUCCGCUGGCGAUGUCGUUUGGCGGGCGGCAGCCGGCGCCGCCGCUCUCGAUGAUGCCCGCCACGGGCAUUGCGCCGCAGCCGUCGCCGGUGGUGCGCUCCGCCUCGGCCACGUCCACGUCCUCGUCGCAGGCCUCGCUGGUGGGCGACACGGCGCCGCCGCAGGCGCACGCCGCCUCCCUCACCUCGGCCUCGUCCUAUUUGCAUCUGAGCGGCACCACUGCCGUCAAUCUCCACGCGGCUGCUGCGGCCGUGGCGGCGGCGGCUGCUGCUGCCGCCGCUGGCUCACUGCCGCCCUCCAACAGCCACAGCCACAGUCACAGCCACAGCCACAGCCACGCCCAUGCGCUGUACAAUGCGCAUCAGCAGCAGGCGCAGGCGCAGGCGCAGCAGGUGGCCCACGCGCACGCGCCCAUCACGGACGCCCAGGUGGCGCAGGUGCAUCUGCAUAAGCAGGGCCACCGUCCACUGGGGCGCACCCAAUCGGCGCCCCUACCCCUAGGCCAUCCCAUGCUCACGGGCGCCAGCCAGCUGAGCGUGGUGCAGACGCACUACGAGAACAGCGAGGCGGAGCGACAGGCGUACGAGCACCAGGUGCUCACGCAGAAGCUGCGCCAGAAGGUGCUCACGCGCAGCGAUGCGGCUGCCGCGGCGGCUGUGGUCGCCGGGAUACGCGAGCCGCAGCUGCAGCUGCGCGAGGAGGAGGACGACACGGCGGCCGAGGUCAUGGACCUCACCGACAAGAAGAAGCCGCCCAAGACGGUGCUGACGAGCACGAUUGCCACCAGCACCUCGCAGAAUCUGCCGGAGGCCCUGGCCGCCGCCUCCUAUCGGGCGGCCGCCAAGUCCAGCAAAUUGCGGGACCAGGAGUAUUUGCAGCAGCAGCGCGAGCUGCUCUACCUGCACGAGGAGGAGCUGGCCAAGGACCUGAUGCGCCCGCUCUCGCGCACCCUCAGCAGCCCCCUGGUGCCGGGCCAUGGCCUCAGCCAGAUACCCGACACCGGGCAGCAUCCGACGCCCAUCGCUACGUCCUCCUCGGCCGAUCAUAUUCCGCCCGUGAACCUGUCGCUGCCCCACAAGCGCCAGCUCUUCAGCAACGUGUACGCGGCACAGCUGCGACAGCAUCAGCAGUCGUCGGUGGAGAGCGGACUGCCAGCGCACAAGAAGAUCACAACGGGACUGGCCUACGAUCCGCUGAUGCUGAAACACGCGUGCAUUUGCGGCGACAACGCGCCCCAUCCGGAGCACAGCGGGCGGCUGCAGAGUGUGUGGGCGCGGCUGAACGAGACGGAUCUGGUGAAGCGAUGCGAUCGACUGCGCGCGCGCAAGGCCACGCAGGAGGAGCUGCAGACGGUGCACACGGAGGCGCACGCGAUGCUCUUUGGCUCGAACCAGGGCCAGCUGACCCGGCCCAAGCUGGAGAGCACGCUCUCCGCGAGCUUUGUGCGGCUCUCCUGCGGCGGCCUGGGCGUCGACCUGGACACCACCUGGAACGAGCAUCAUACGGCAACGGCCGCCCGCAUGGCCGCUGGCUGUGUCAUCGAUCUGGCCUUCAAAACGGCCAAAGGUGAAUUGCGCAACGGCUUCGCCGUCGUCCGUCCGCCCGGCCAUCAUGCAGAGGCCAACCUGGCCAUGGGCUUCUGUUUCUUUAACUCAAUUGCCAUCGCCGCGAAGCUGCUGCGCCAGCGCGUGCCCGAAAUGAAGCGCAUCCUCAUCGUCGAUUGGGAUGUGCAUCAUGGCAAUGGCACUCAGCAAGCAUUCUACCAAAGUCCCGACAUUCUAUAUCUUUCCAUACAUCGACACGAUGACGGUAAUUUCUUUCCCGGCACUGGUGGUCCCACUGAGUGUGGCUCCGGUGCUGGUCUCGGCUACAAUGUGAACAUCUCGUGGUCGGGCGCUCUGAAUCCACCGCUGGGCGACGCCGAGUAUAUCGCUGCAUUCCGUACCGUUGUGAUGCCCAUUGCCAAGUGCUUCAAUCCGGACAUUGUGCUUGUCUCCUCCGGCUUCGAUGCGGCCACCGGGCAUCCGGCUCCACUUGGGGGCUAUCACGUAUCGCCCGCCUGCUUCGGUUUGAUGACACGCGAGUUGCUUCAGCUGGCCAACGGCAAGGUGGUGCUGGCCCUCGAGGGCGGCUACGAUCUGGCGGCCAUUUGUGAUUCGGCGCAGGAAUGCGUACGCGCCCUCCUCGGCGAUCCGGCUGCCCCCAUAGCGCCCAGCGAACUGGAGCGGCCGCCCUGCCAGAACGCCAUCAACACGCUGCAGAAGACUAUUGCCAUACAGCAAACGCAUUGGCCCUGUGUCCGACUGCUGGAGCACACAGUCUGUCUGUCCGCGCUGGAUGCGCUGAAGAUCGAGCACGAUGAAUCUGAAACGGUCAACGCCAUGGCCGGCCUCUCCAUGCAGUCGCUGCACAGAACGCUCUCGCGUGAUGAUUCCGAAGAGCCGAUGGAUCAGGAUGAGACCAAAUAGACGAACGCGCCGCCCUGCAACGCCGUCCACGUCGCCUGCUCAACGGACUCUAUUUAGUUAUUGUUGUAGUUGAAAUUAAUUGUUGUUUUUAUUGUUGUUGAUGUCAUUUGUUGUUGCCGUCGUCGUCGUCAUUAUUGUUGUUGUUGAUGUUGCUGUUGUUGUUGUAAUUGUCAUCAUCACGCGAUCGUCGUCUGUCGCUUAGCUCCAUCUCUUUCUUUUACUCUCUCUCUCUCUCUCUCUCUUUCUCUCUCCAUCUGUCUCCCUCUAACUCAUUCUCUGCUCUGCACUCUCUGUCACACUCUAACUGUAUUUGAUACGCACAAGCCCCGACAAACACACAAACUCAGAGAGACUGAGAGACAGCAACAAAUAUAACAAAUCAAAUAGAAAUGUAACCAUGGAAUGAGAAGGGGAAGGAGCAGAAAGAGGAGGAGCACCUGGAGGUGCAGAUGAAGCAGCAGAUGGAGCAGAAAAAGAUCCGAGGCAGAGCCGGAGUAAAAAAGCAAGAAGUAGAAAGAGCUGGAAACAAGGCCUAAAGUUCAAAACGUGGCUGUGCCACUAAAAGCAAAAACAAAAACAAUUUAAAAAUAAAAACAAGUAAAGUAAACAAAA